AUGGGUGAUAACCGUGUGGUGCUCCUAGAGAUAAGCCAGACUUCACUGAACUCAAGCCAAGCCAACUCAACUCAAGCCAAGCCAACUCAACUCAACCCAAGCCAACUCAACUUUAGCCAAGCCAAGCCGACUCAAGCCAAGCAAGCCAGACUUCACUUAACUCAAGCCAAGCCAAAAUCAAACUCAAGCCAAGCCAACUCAACUCAAAGCCAAAGCCAACUCAACUUUAGCCAAGCCAAGCCGACUCAAGCCAAGCCAAGCCAGACUUCACUUAACUCAAAGCCAAGCCAACUCAACUCAAGCCAAGCCAACUCAACUCAACUCAAGCCAACUCAACUUAAGCCAAGCCAAACUAACUCAACUCAAGCCAAGCCAACUCAACUCAAGCCAACUCAAGCCAAGCCAACCAACCAAGCUAACUCAACUCAAGCCAAGCCAACUCAACUCAAGCCAAGCCAAGCUAAACUCACUCAAAGCCAAGCCAAACUCAACUCAAGCCAAGCCAACUCAACUCAAGGCCAAAAACUCAACUCAAGCUCAAGCCAAGCCAAGCUAACUCAACUCAAGCAAGCCAAGCCAACUCAACUCAAAGCCAAGCCAAGCCUAACUGCAACCUCAAGCCAAGCCAAGCUAACCUCAACUCAAGCCAGCCAACUCAACUCAACUCAAGCCAAGCAACCUCAACUCAAGCCAAGCCAACUCAACUCAAGCCAAGCUAACAAACUCCAAGCUCAACUCAACUCAAGCCAAGCCAACUCAACUCAAGCCAAGCCAAGCUCAACUCAACUCAAGCCAAGCUAA